CGGGUUCGGGCCUGCCUGAGGCUGCGGCGGCGGCGGCGGCGGCGGCGGGCAGUCGGGGGAGUAAGGCGGGCGUGCAGCGUGUGGCCGCCGGGAUGGACGUUUCGGGACAGGAGACGGACUGGCGGAGCGCCGCCUUCCGGCAGAAGCUGGUCAGCCAGAUCGAGGAUGCUAUGAGGAAAGCUGGCGUGGCCCACAGUAAAUCUAGCAAGGAUAUGGAGAGCCAUGUGUUUUUGAAGGCCAAGACUCGGGAUGAAUACCUUUCUCUCGUGGCCAGGCUCAUCAUCCAUUUCCGAGACAUUCAUAACAAGAAAUCUCAAGCCUCUGUCAGUGAUCCUAUGAAUGCCCUCCAGACCCUGACCGGUGGACCUGCCGCAGGAGCAGCGGGAAUAGGCAUGCCGCCUCGAGGCCCAGGACAGUCCCUGGGUGGCAUGGGUGGCCUUGGCACCAUGGGACAGUCGAUGCCCCUCUCAGGGCAGCCACCCCCUGGGACCUCAGGGAUGGCGCCCCACGGCAUGGCUGUGGUAUCUACAGCAACCCCACAGACCCAGCUGCAGCUCCAGCAGGCGGCCCUGCAGCAGCAGCAACAGCAGCAGCAGCAGCAGUUCCAGGCGCAGGCGCAGCAGCAGCAGCAGUUCCAAGCGCAGCAGAACGCCCUGCAGCAACAGUUCCAGGCCGUGGUUCAGCAGCAGCAGCAGCAGCUCCAGCAGCAGCAGCAACAGCAGCAACACCUGAUCAAGCUGCACCAUCAGAACCAGCAACAGAUACAGCAGCAGCAGCAGCAGCUGCAGCGAAUGGCACAGCUACAGCUACAGCAGCAGCAGCAACAGCAGCAGCAACAGCAGCAACAGCAGCAGGCUCUACAAGCCCAGCCGCCCAUGCAGCAGCCACCCAUGCAGCAACCACAGGCUCCUCCCGCCCAGACCCUCCCGCAGCAGCUGCAGCAGCUGCAUCACCCGCAGCACCACCAGCCACCGCCACAGGCCCAACAGCCGCCGGUUGCUCAGAGUCAACCAUCACAGCUCCCGCCUCAGUCCCAGCCCCAGCCGUUGGUGUCACAGGCACAAGCUCUCCCUGGACAGAUGUUGUAUGCUCAACAGCAGCUGAAAUUUGUCCGAACCCCAAUGGUGGUGCAGCAGCCGCAGCCACAGCCGCAGGUGCCACAGCAGACAGCGGUGCAGACAGCCCAGGCUGCCCAGAUGGUGGCUCCCGGCGUCCAGAUGAUCACCGAAGCCUUGGCCCCAGGCGGGAUGCAUGUAAGAGCCCGGUUCCCACUCAGCUCCGCAGUGUCUGCCGUCCCGGCGAGCUCCAUUCCUUUGGGCAGACAGCCCACAGCACAGGUUAGCCAGAGCAGCCUCACCAUGCUGUCCUCACCGUCGCCGGGCCAGCAGGUGCAGACUCCACAGUCAAUGCCCCCUCCCCCGCAACCAUCCCCACAGCCUGGCCAGCCCAGCUCACAGCCCAACUCCAAUGUCAGCUCCGGCCCAGCACCGUCCCCCAGCAGCUUCCUGCCCAGCCCCUCCCCGCAGCCCUCCCAGAGCCCAGUGACGGCUCGCACCCCGCAGAACUUCAGUGUCCCCUCGCCUGGCCCUCUAAACACUCCUGUGAACCCCAGCUCGGUGAUGAGCCCCGCUGGCUCCAACCAGGCUGAGGAGCAGCAGUACCUAGACAAACUGAAGCAGCUGUCCAAGUACAUCGAGCCCCUGCGCCGCAUGAUCAAUAAGAUUGACAAGAAUGAAGAUAGGAAAAAGGAUCUGAGUAAGAUGAAGAGCCUGCUGGACAUCCUGACCGACCCCUCUAAACGCUGCCCCCUGAAGACCCUGCAGAAGUGUGAGAUUGCCUUGGAGAAGCUCAAGAAUGACAUGGCGGUGCCCACGCCUCCUCCACCUCCAGUGCCACCGACCAAGCAGCAGUACUUGUGCCAACCACUUCUGGAUGCUGUCCUGGCCAACAUCCGCUCGCCCGUCUUCAACCAUUCCCUGUACCGCACAUUUGUGCCGGCCAUGACAGCCAUCCAUGGUCCACCCAUCACGGCGCCAGUGGUGUGUGCCCGGAAGCGCAAGUUUGAGGAGGAUGAGCGGCAGAGCAUCCCCAAUGUGCUCCAAGGGGAGGUGGCCAGAUUAGACCCCAAGUUCCUGGUGAACUUGGACCCUUCUCACUGCAGCAACAACGGCACCGUCCAUCUGAUAUGCAAGCUAGAUGACAAGGACCUUCCAAGUGUGCCGCCGCUGGAGCUGAGCGUGCCCGCCGACUACCCCGCUCAGAGUCCACUGUGGGUCGACCGGCAGUGGCAGUAUGAUGCCAACCCGUUCCUGCAGUCGGUGCACCGUUGCAUGACCUCGCGGCUGCUGCAGCUCCCCGACAAGCAUUCAGUCACAGCCCUGCUCAACACCUGGGCCCAGAGCAUCCACCAGGCCUGCCUGUCGGCCACCUAGCUGCAGGCUGUGCACGGGCCUCCCGUUGGACCUUGGGGGCGGCGGCUCCCACGGGGGCCCAGGGUUAGGUUAGCUUUCCUGCUUUUAUCUUCUGCCGUGGGGACUUGCUACACAUUUCCCCAUGUUGUACCAUCCCGGGGUAGGUGGCUAGGAGCUGGCCAUCUGCUCAGAGAAUGUUCUCCACAGCUCCCGUCCACUC